AUGGUGCACUUCUGCUUGUGGCCCACCACCACUCACGCAUGCCGCUACAGACUUGCCACAGCGCAAGACAUGCGCUAUCUGCACGACUUGAACACACAAAUGUCCGAGAAGCGACAAACGGUGUGCGCCGAACAGCAAAUGGAGCGCGAACUUUGCAGCAAACACUUCGAAACGUUCGACACCUUUUGGGGUCGGCCGGGACAUGGGGCGCCCGGCGAAGUGACGGCAAAACAGAAGUUGAACAAUUUGCUUUAUGGCGCCAGCAGCGAGUGCUGGGACUGA